AUGUAUAAACGUGGCUUAGAACAACUUUUACUUAUUUUUAGUUUAACACUCUCUUUGCUCACAAGCACACUCGCUCUCUCUCCCUCACGGCCCGACCCCUACACAUUGUCUAGAUUUUCAAAUACUGAGCAAGUCGUCUGGUCCACAGAUGGUAGUAGCUGUUUCGUAUUUCGUAACGCUUGUUUUUGGCAAAAUGAAAAUCGUCAGCGGCAAUAUAAUAAUCAACCGGCAUUGCGACAAGUCAUUAGAGCCGAGUGCCAACGUUUG